CAAAGCAUAAACAAUUAGCCCAUUUCAAUAUUUUAUAGACAAUUCCCAUUCCAGACUGUGCCAUCCAUAUGUGUUCUGUGUACUCAUCUUCAUGAACAUCUACACCCAACAGCCAUAGAUUUCAUCCAAAAAUGGCAGAUGACAUUCAUCAACAAAAACCCGACGAAAAACCCAUCGUUGGCACGGUCAUGGUGCCAUUUCCAAUGCAAGGCCAUCUCAAUGAAAUUCUCCAUCUGGGCAACCUGGUAGCAUCCUAUAACAUACCUGUUCAUUUUGUUGGAUCCACACCCCACAACCAACAAGCCAAACAACGCCUACACGGUUGGGAACCCGAAACUACUCGCAAAAUUCACUUUCAUGACAUCAAACUUCCUCAUCAUCAGCAACCCAAUAUCCCGCUCAACCCACCAAAACCCGAUACUGAAUCCAAAUUUCCGGGCCACCUACAACCACUUUUUGAUGCUACUGAGCAACUCCGUCAACCAGUUUUCCAACUCGUGCAAAACCUAUCAACCGAGUUCAAAAGAAUCGUUAUCAUACACGACACUAUGAUGGCAUUCGUUGUUCAAGAUGCAAACUCGAUCUCAAAUGCUGAGACGUAUGCAUUCCACAGUGUCUCCGCCUUCACAAUUUUCUUGUACAUUUGGGAAUCUCUAGGAGAUCACAAACCUUUCGAGCUAGAUUUGGACAUCCCAAAUGGAAUACCGUCUAAUCAAGGUUGCUUCACACCGCGAUUCACAGCCUACAUAGCAAAACAAUACGAAGCACUAAACUUUGACAGUGGAAGACUAUACAACACGAGCAGAGUUAUCGAAGGUAAAUACAUAGACUUAAUAGCAAAACUUCCCGGUUAUGCUAAUAAGACCCUGUUUGCAAUCGGACCCUUGAAUCCAAUAAACACGAAAUCUAAAACCCGACAUAGAUCCCUCGAUUGGCUUGACAAACAAGAGACGGGUUCAGUCCUAUACGUUUCGUUUGGAACAUCAGUAUCAAUGACAGAGGAUCAGAUCACAGAGUUGGCUAUAGGAUUGGAAAAAAGCAGUCAGAAGUUUUUGUGGAUAUUUCGGUUUUCUGAUCGAGUAGACCUUUCUGCAGACGAGGAUCUAGGAAGGGAUCGACUGCCAUAUGGGUAUGAAAUCCGAGUGCAGGACAAGGGAAUAGUGAUAAGAGACUGGGCACCUCAGGUUGAGAUUCUAGCACAUCCGUCUGUAGGCGGGUUUAUGAGUCAUUGUGGGUGGAACUCGUGUAUGGAGAGCAUCAGUAUGGGCGUGCCUAUCGCAGCGUGGCCUAUGCAUUCGGAUCAGCCAAGGAAUGCCGUUUUGGUUACACAAGUGUUAAGGACUGGUAUAAAUGUGAUAGAUUGGGCACAUAGAAGUGAGUUGGUCAGAUCAACCACAAUAGAAACUAUAGUCAGAAGAUUGAUGAUAUCGAAGGAAGGCGAGGCGAUGAGGAAACGAGCUGUAGAGAUUGGAAGAAGUGUUCGAGAAUCGACUGCAGAAGGCGGUGUUUCUCGAUUGGAAAUCGAUUCGUUUGUAGCUCACAUUAGGAGAUGAAACGCUUAGACUGAGUACACAUUUAUGAAAAUCUAGAUUCUCCCAUCUAAAUCCCAUCUAAAGCCCAUGUUAAGUUUGAAAGGCCGUUAUCCAAACUGGCCCAUAUGUACUUAAGCCCGGCCCGGCUGGCCCAUUGAACACCCCUACUUGGGAUGUAUCAACAAACUACUUCUAUUGUAUAAAUUUAGCAUCAAGACAGGUUUUGAAUCAGUUCAACCUUGAUUGUGUUUCGGUUUUUUGCUUGCAUCUCCCCAUAUCCUUUGCUAGAUCAGUAGAUCCCAAAAAAUAUAGAUCAUCUACUGAUUAUAAAUAAUAUCCAGUAGCUUUAUGUAAAACAAAAA